AUGUCACCACUCGGGACUAUUCUCAUGUUGUUAAGUAUUGUAGGUGGCGCUGUGUCGAUCACAGUGCAGGUUUCUCCGAAGGUUCUCAAUGUAACUAUUAGUGAGUCUGCAACCCUCAAUUGCAGCUUUUCCACCAACCAGCCCCUGACCGGACUCAUGAUCCAGUGGACUCUCUACCCCUGGGGGUCUGAGAACCCAGUACAGGUGUUCUUUUAUGACAUGGGAAGUGAAAGGAUUGGCGAACAUUUCAGGGGCAGACUGACAGUCCUUUCUAAAUUGGGAACCAGCAGGAACGCUUCCAUCACCAUCAGCAACAUGCAGACCAAAGACGCUGGAACCUAUACGUGCGAAGUCCUCAACCCCCCUGACAUCGAUGGCACGACCCAAUCUAACAUCAGGGUUCAUGUGUUUGAAAGACCGUCAUACCCGUACUGCGCUGAGCACGGAGACGUGACGACGGGUCACCUGGUCACCCUCACCUGCCAUUCGGAGAAAGGCAGGCCCUCCCCCUCAUACACCUGGACUAGACUGGAAAAGGGGAUCAGCAAAGAAGUGAUAGGCAGCACAGACCCGAGCACUGGCAUCCUGAACAUCAGAAACAUUUCUCAGUUCAUGUUUGGAACGUAUCAGUGCAACGCUUCCAACGUUGUGGGCUUCUCCAUCUGCACCAUUGAACUGAACUCAGAGACGAAUGACGCAGUGAUAGCAGGAGCAGUUAUUGGAGCCCUGCUGUGUGUUGCCUUCAUCGUGCUGCUGGUAUGGUUCAUCGCUCAUCAUCUGAAGAAGAAGAAAUACAAAGCAGCCAAGGCUGGCGAGACACAAGCUGAGGUGAACUACAAAGCCGUCCCUCCACAGGAACCUGUCCCUGAAUAAUCAUGUCACCAGCAUGUCUC